GAAACUAUUGGAAGCAAAUGAGGAAGGUGGUUAUCUCGUUGCUUCAAUGUCUGACUAUCGUGAAUUUCCGUGGGACAACAAACCGGGCUUCAAGGAAAGAAAAGUGGAUAUUUCCAGACAGCCAGCUGUAUACGACAGCCGCUAUCUGAAAGCUUUCAUUGAAAGUGUAAACUUGGCAAAACAGUCUUACAUGUGGGUGACAAGAAACUGCCAAGAGUUCAUUCGAGAUUUGAUGGUAUUUCUUGAAAUUGAAGAUUCGUGGGCCUGCUUCUUCAAAACGGCUCAGCAGGCAAUCGGUGUUGGGAUUUCCUGGCUCUCGCGAGGUUCCAGUCAAAGCAGCAGCUGUCUUCUCCGACAAAUACUAAACAUAACUCCGGCUUUUAUUCAAGACGCAGUUAAAAGUGGCGCGAACUUCAUUGGGAGGAGGCCUCUUGUACUAGGUGCCUCUGAAGGAGUGAUAGAUUUCAUCAAAGAAAUUUUAAAAAGUCUUAUUAUAAAUGCACAGCAUGAGCUUGUUGAAGCAGUUAUCAAUGCAACUAGAGGAGCGUUCACAUGGUGGCAGCUGCUUCAGAUCCCAGUCGAGUUGGGAGUUCGCCUGUUGAUGGAAAGUGAGUGGUUUCAGGAGACAUUCGGUUACCACGAUCCGGGAGGAAAAUGGGCUUAUGCUGCGAGUAAACUCGCCUCAGUUGGUGUUGCUGGGCUUGUUGGACUUUGCGUAACAGGAGGAGGAUGGGGCUUUUUCGGUGCUGUGCUGGUAUGGUUUGUGCAGGAGCUGCUCACUUUUGGCCUCAGAAUGUUAUCCGGAUUCGUAUCUACACACUACACACAUGAUGGUGGAGAUUUCUUUGACAAAUGGAUCGGUGAAUCGAAAACCUUGCAGCUGUUCAAUUGGAUAUUCAAUACUGAUUAUCAUAUCCCGCGACAUGUCAGGCAAGCUGAAGAUUGACAAAAACUCCUGCCAAAGUCGUAUUAAAAGACAACUCGCAAUAAAAAACAACUCGCUUUAACAGACAACUGGCAAUAUACCCAUCGCCGCGGGACGACGUUUUACGAGCUUGCCAAAAGAAUUUUGCCUUUCUGUGAGUUGUUUUUUUAUUGCGAGAUGUAAUUAUAGAUUGCGAGUCAUUUACGAAAAUCUUACUAACUUUUUUGUUUUCUGUUUCUAUUCACUUAAUCCCACUCGUUUGAGUUAUGAUAAAUAAUGCCGUGGUGAUCGUAACGUUCAUUCAAACGAAAAACUCAACUUUUCAGAUUUUAAUCCAGCAAAAUAUAAACAACGUUGUUAUUGGAGUU